UCCAAAGCUCACACUACUCCUUAUAUAUUAGCCACACAAUUACACCAAGAAUGAUUCUAAGCACACAAAUACAACAUGGACAAAAUACAACAUAGUAACAUCAAAGUAAACGGCAUCAAUAUGCAUGUUGCCGAGAUCGGAGAAGGCCCGGCCGUGCUAUUUGUUCACGGCUUCCCGGAGCUAUGGUACACGUGGCGACACCAAAUGUUGUUUAUAUCAUCCAAAGGCUAUCGUGCAAUAGCCCCCGACCUUCGUGGCUUUGGUGACACAGAAGCGCCACCUUUGCCCACUAGCUACACGGCCUUACACAUAGUCGGGGACCUAGUCGGCUUGCUUGACUCGUUGGGGUUAGACAAGGUUUACUUGGUUGGUCAUGACUGGGGUGCCAUAAUCUCAUGGUAUUUUUGCUUGUUUAGACCGGACCGUAUUAAGGCUUUGGUUAACAUGAGUGUCGUCUAUACUCCUAGGGAUCCUUCGGUUAAACCGCUAGAUUACUAUCGAAAGACUUUUGGUGACGAUUUCUACGUAUGCAGGUUCCAGGAAAUCGGGUGGGAAGAAGAGUAUGGAAAGGUCGAUACCAAAAGACAACUAGCCGCAAGUUAUUUUAAUCGAAAUCCAAGUGCACCCAAGCUGCCUAAAGACUAUGCCAAGUGUUUUAACCCACAUCCGUAUACUAUACCUUCUUGGUUCACAAAACAAGACCUUGACUAUUUUGCAUCUAAGUUUCGUGCCACAGGGUUCCGUGGAGGAUUCAAUUACUAUCGUUGUUUUGAUCUAAACUGGGAAUUGUGUGCUGCGUGGACGAAAUAUAAGAUAGUGGUGCCUGUAAAAUUCAUAGUAGGAGACUUGGAUCUCACGUAUCACUUUCCGGGAACAAAGGAGUACAUACACGGUGGUGGAUUCAAGGAAGCGGUACCAGGGCUGGAAGAAGUCGUGGUGAUGGAAGGAGUUGGUCACUUCAUAAACCAAGAGAAGUCACAAGAGAUUAACUACCAUAUUUACGACUUCAUUACAAAGUUUUAAGCUCACAUUAACCUGGCAUUUGGGCUUGUUGUAUCAAUGAUUUCGAAAAGUGUGUUCUAUACUUCCAUAGACAUGUACUUUUUUGCUUUCUUUUUCUUGAACCAUGAAAGAAUUCUACUGGAUGUGCCAUGAGUUUAUAACUUUGAGAUUUAAACUUGAAUGUGAAUGUAUUUGAUCA